UUUCUUGCCCAAACUGUCUAAAUCAAGUAAACGUUGCGUUUGCCAUUAACAAACCUGAAGUCAUUGUAUGGAACUAAAAAAAAAAGGAUAUAAAGGCUGGGAAUCAACUUAACAUUUGAAGAACUCAUCUGCGACGGAGAGCAUUAUUUAAUUGAAUGUCUGCAGAGAUCGAAAAAUUAUAUUUUUGUAAAUCGUAUGUACAUUCAAAAAUUUUCCUCCCAAGUCAUCAAUGCCAUCGAAAUGGACAAGGUACGGAUUUUUGCUCCCAAAGGAAAGCCGCUGACUUUCGCGGAAAUGCUGCUUAAGCCCUUUCACCCUGCCGUGUGGAUCCUGCUCCUAGGCAUCUGCGUUGCCGUUCAUCUUUUAUGUCGCCUUGCACCCAGCCUCAUAUGUAACGAUUUGGUGCUACUAGCUCUUACUGGCAUAGAAAAACGAAGCCUACAAACGACGGGACGAUUCGAAAAGCUACUCGCUAUCUCACUGAUCAUACUGUUCUUUCAACUCAAAAGUGCUUACGAAACCAAGCUCAUAACAUAUAUGAUCGAUGAACCAACCGAACCAGACCCGAAGACGAUUGAUGAGCUUCGGCAAAGAGACGUAAAGGUGAUUGCUGACAGAAGAUUUUUUAACCCGAACCAGUUUUACCAGCAGUUAUCUGGAUUACUACGAGUAGCUGAAAAUAAAACAACAUUGCUAAAUGAAGACGCCUUAUUGAUCAAUAACAUUGUCGUGCGAAUAAUGGCGAAGGAUAUUUCUAACGUCGAUCCUAUAACUGGAAAGCCACUUUACGCCCCGCUUGAAGAAAUUUUGGGUGAAACAAUGCCAUUCUUCUACUUUCAUAAAAAAUGUCCUUUUCAAUACGAUUUCAGUACAUAUCGACGGUACGUAUUUGAGGCUGGAUUGCAACAAUAUUGGAGGAAAACAAUAAUAACACUCAAGGAUAGGAGAUUUCAUACAGUCAUUGCCAAAUUAAAGAGUAUUUCUCAGCAAACUGUGAGGGGAAAUACACUCAAACCUAUAUUUAUCGGCAUCAUCCUUCUGUGGGUUGCUGCGCUUGUCGUGUUUCUUAAUGAAAUUGCUCUAGGUCAGGUACAGUUGAUUCGCAAGUUACGUAUUUUAUAG